AUGGCACAGCAAGGCUUCGAGGAGGACCUCUUACGGAGAUGGUUUCCUGACAGCGCUGAAAAUGCUUCGACACUCUUUACCGAGAACGAUAUUCGCGGUAUCGCAGACGUCUUGACACGCUGUGCGCGCGAACGUUGGAGCCGUGUCCCGAGACUGUACAGCAUUCUGAGAAAGAUUGGUCAACUAGAUGCAAUAGACGCGUUUAUUGACAGCGAAAUUACAGACGUCUACUUCCCGUUCAACAAGAAUACCCUGCCAGAGGCGCUACGCGAUCAUUCGGCACGGCUCCAAUUCCUCGAACUACAACACCUGGUCUACAACACCGAAGCUCUUAACCUCGAGCGACACGCACGCCAUGGACACUUCGGCGAUUCAAAAGAGAUACCGCUCAAGAAGGUUGGAGAGCUAGGCAAGGGUGGAUUUGGAUACGUCGAUCGGGUCGUCAGCACCAUAAGUCAUCAAGAGUAUGCUAGGAAGCUGAUACUGAGAGGAAGAACGUUCAAGAAAGACAAGCAGGUUUUGAAGGACUUUACGAAAGAGCUUUCCAACCUAAAACGGCUGUCUCACAGACAUCUUGUCGAACUGGUCGGCAGUUAUACGGACAAGAAGUUUGUGGCUAUUGUCAUGCUUCCUGUAGCAGACACUAAUCUACAGACUUUCAUGGAGAGACCGGACUUAGACGAGAGAUCACGGUCCUUCCUAAGACCCUUCUUUGGCUGCUUGACUUCCGCACUGUCUUAUCUUCACGACCAUCAGAUCCGUCACAAAGACAUCAAACCCUCAAAUGUCCUCAUCAAAAACGAUCAGGUUUACUUCACAGAUUUUGGCACUUCACUCGACUGGUCGGGACGCGACAAUAGUACCACAGUAACAGCUGCGCCUGCAACUCCCCGCUACUGUGCACCUGAAGUCAUGGCCUAUCUCGAACGUAACUCCGCGGCCGAUAUAUGGUCCUUUGGGUGUGUCUUCUUGGAGAUGUGGACUGUUCUGAGAUGUCGCACAAUCAAAGACUUGAGGGCCCACAUGGGUGAACAGGGCACGGGUAUGGAAGCAUAUCAUUCCAACCCCGAAGCUAUCUCGAGCUGGAUUACACUCCUUCAACGACUACCUGGACCAUCUAGCGAUCUCAUCCCUGCUGACUGGAUCGUGAAUAUGUUGCACCAGAAGCCUCAAGCACGCUGGAACAUCCAUACUCUUGACAACUACAUUACCGAGGCGAGCGUCGAAUCUUCCAUACAGCAUACAUUCAAAGGGAUAUGCUGCCUCGAUCUAGAAGACGAGACAUCAGAAGAUAGUCAGUCAAAAUACUCCAUCGAGUAG